AUGGCAUCAAAUAAUCAAUUUGUAACAUUUAAUAAUGGACAAGUAUAUCCAAUUUUAGGUUUUGGAACAUGGAAGUCAAAACCUGGCGAAGUUGAAGAAGCAGUGAGAGUUGCAAUUGAUACAGGUUACAGACAUUUUGAUUGUGCAAUGUUUUAUGGUAAUGAAAAAGAAAUAGGAGAUGCUAUUAGUCACAAAAUUGAUGAAGGUGUAGUAGCUCGUGAAGAUUUGUUCAUUACUAGUAAAUUAUGGAAUAUUUUUCAUCAGCCUGAUAUUGUUGAAACUGUGAUAAAAAAAACUUUAUCAGAUUUGCAAGUUGAAUAUUUGGAUUUAUACUUGAUUCACUGGCCUAUGGCUUUCAAAGAAGGUGGAUUAAAUGAUGAUUUCAUUCCAAAAGACGAUGAUGGCGCCACAAUUGAAGGAAAUGGUUCGUAUAUUGAUACAUGGAAAGCAAUGGAAAAAUURGUAGAAAAUGGUCUCACCAAAUCGAUAGGUGUAUCAAAUUUUAAUAAAAGACAAAUUCAAGAUAUAUUAGAUGUAGCUACCGUGAAACCUGUAAACAACCAAGUCGAAUGCCAUCCUUAUUUAACUCAAAAAAAAUUAAAAGAAUUUUGUGAGGAAUAUGAUAUAAUAUUAACUGCAUACAGUCCACUAGGAAGUCCAGAUAACCCAUGGAAAAAACCUGAAGACCCGACUCUCUUAGAAGAUCCAAAAAUCAUGGAAAUCGCAAAAAAAUAUAAUAAGACUUCGGCUCAGAUAUUGAUAAAAUACCAAAUUCAACGGGGAAUUAUGGUAAUUCCUAAAUCCGUUACUAAGAAUCGUAUUGAAUCCAACUUUGAGGUAUGGGACUUUGAACUUGAACAAGAGGAUAUUGAUCAAAUCGAUGCAUUCGAUUGCAAUGGUCGUUUUGUGCACAUGAAAGGGAACAUGCAUUUUAAGGAUUAUCCAUUCAUUGAUGAAUAUUCAAAGCCUGGUGAAGUUGAAGAAGCAGUCAAAGCUGCUAUAGAUACAGGAUAUAGACAUAUUGAUUGUGCUCUGGUUUAUGAUAAUGAAAAAGAAAUAGGAAAAGCUAUUAAGCAAAAAAUUGAUGAAGGUGUUGUUAAACGUGAAGAUUUAUUCAUUACUAGUAAACUGUGGAACACUUUUCAUCAACCUGAUUAUGUUGAAACAGUAUUGAAAAAAACUUUAUCUGAUUUGCAAAUUGAAUAUUUGGAUCUAUAUUUAAUUCACUGGCCUAUGGCUUUUAAGGAAGGCAAGUUAGAAGAUGAAUGGUUCCCAAAGGAUGCUAAUGGAGUGACACUUGAAGGAACUGGUUCUUAUAUAGAAACAUGGACAGCAAUGGAAAACUUGGUUAAAAAAGGUCUUGUCAAGUCAAUUGGUGUAUCAAACUUUAAUAAGAAACAAAUUGAAAACAUACUAAAUAUAGCUACCAUAAAGCCAGUUGUUAAUCAAAUUGAAUGCCAUCCAUACUUGAAUCAAAAAAAAUUAAAAGAAUUUUGUGAACAAAAAAACAUAUUUAUAACUGCAUACAGUCCCUUAGGAUCUCCAGACAGGCCUUGGGCUAAGCCAGAAGAUCCAUCACUCUUGGAAGACCCCAAAAUUGUAGCUAUUGCAAAAAAAUAUGGUAAAACUACUGCUCAAAUUUUGAUUAAAUAUCAAGUACAAAGAGGCAUUAUUGUCAUUCCAAAAUCUGUGACCAAGAGUCGCAUUGAAUCAAAUUUUGAUAUAUGGGACUUUGCAUUAGAACAAGGCGAUAUAGAUGCGAUUGAUACUUUUGAUUGUAAUGGCAGAGUUCUUCAUCUUAACUGGAAUAGUCAUUUCAAGGAUUAUCCAUUCCAUGAUGAAUAUUAAUAUUAAUGAAAAAAUAUUUCUGCAAUUAACUAAUAAUUUUUAAUUUUGUUACUAUACUAUUUAAAAAAUAUAAYAUAUUAUUUCAUACUUAAUUUAAUGGAUUUUCAUGUAAUACACAUCAUAAUAUAUAAUCAUUUUUGUAAAAAAACACGUAAUAAAAACAAUUGAUAUGCAAUAAUUA